AUGAUCGGUCGUCCAAUUUUACUCGCAGCGUUUUCGCUGCACAUCUUUACCUCAUGGGCUGAGAAACCAUUCUCCAGACGAGACGAGAAGCCCGCGCUACCAUUCGAUCCCAAUACGACGCCGUACUGCACUUGGUGGUAUGAUAAUGAUGGAUCCAUUCCAUGCAGUCAAAUGCCGGCUCUCUGGGUAAUUUCUUUGGAUGACUUCCGAAGAUGGAACCCUUCCAUCACGGCCGAGUGCAGCAAUUUUGUAUCGGGCAAGUCUUAUUGCGUAGAAGCAUUUGGCGAGCCUCCACCCCAAUCAAGCACAGUAGUGCUCUCGACAACUUCCAAGGCUACACCGACGUCCACUGGAGGGCCUCCUGGACCCACUCAACCUGGGCAGGUGCAGAACUGUAACCGUUGGGAUCUCGUCAAGGAUGGAGAUACAUGUGGCAUAUAUAUAAGCAAGUAUCCUGGGUUGACGUUGAAGGAUCUCGUGUCUUGGAACCCAGGAAUUGGCGACCAAUGCCAGUUAUUGUGGAUAGAUACCUAUCUGUGCACCGGUGUUCCUGGCUUCAGCCCUAUCACAACCUCCAGCAAGGGCGCCACUCCGACGCCUACCAAUGGCAUUGUCACGCCAACCCCCAUUCAAUCAGGGAUGGUGGGUAACUGUGAUGCUUUCCACAAAGUCGUCGAUGGAGACGGUUGCGCUGCAAUUGCCCAGAAGUAUGGCAUCAGCUUGUCGCAAUUCUACUCGUGGAACCCUGCUGUAGGGACUAGUUGCGCUUCGUUGUGGCUCGAUACGUACGUCUGUGUGUCCAUCAUUGGUGUCGGUCCUUCAUCCACGGUCAAGAGCACGACGAUCAAAACAUCGACGGUUACAACUCCAACGAAUGGUAUCGCCACUCCUACACCAGUUCAAAAUGGAAUUGUAAAUAACUGCGAUGCCUUCCACAAGGUUGUUAGCGGAGAUGGUUGCGCCGCGAUUGCUUCGAAAUAUGGCAUCAGCUUGUCGCAGUUCUACACCUGGAAUCCCACGGUCGGAUCCAACUGCGCUUCCUUAUGGCUCGAUUACUAUGUCUGUGUCAGUAUCAUUGGUGUUGGGCCCACGCCGACGACAACGUUAAAAACUUCAACAACGACGAAAGGAAAUGGAGUUGCCACGCCAACUCCCUAUCAAUCCGGAAUGACGACUAGCUGCAAGACCUUCCACAAGGUUGUGUCCGGCGAUGAGUGUGCAGUCAUUGCAAAGAAUGCCAAUAUUUCCCUGGCUAACUUUUACAAAUGGAACCCUGGGGUCGGUUCAAGCUGCGGAUCUCUCUGGCUUGAUUACUACGUCUGUAUUGCUAUUGUGUAGUUAGCAAGCAGUCGCUUGAGCCUUACGCGAUGCAAGUCCAUAUAAUGUAAUUCAUAAUUCAGAUGCGAUCGAGGGCGUGCGAAGAUUAGGAGACACUUUACCGCGUCCUGAGGUUGGUACGAGAGGCAAG